AUGGUUUGCACUGCUAAUGAUUUGUCAGAAUGGAAGGACUUCCCAAAGGGUCUUAAGGUCCUUCUUCUGGAUGAAGACAUCAGUUCAGCUGAUGAGAUAAGAUCAAAGCUGGAGGCAAUGGACUAUGCUGUUGCUACUUUCUGCAAUGAAGAGGAAGCCUUAUCAGCAUUCUCAGACAAACCUGAAAGUUUCCAUGUUGCUAUUGUUGAGGUGACUGUAGGCAAUGACAAUGGGAGCUUUAAGUUCCUCGAAAGUGCUAAGGAUUUGCCUACCGUUAUGACUUCCAAUGUCAAUUGCCUUAGCACAAUGAUGAAAUGCAUCGCGCUAGGCGCAAUGGAGUUCCUCCAUAAACCACUCUCUGAAGACAAAUUACGGAACAUAUGGCAGCACGUUGUUCAUAAGGCCUUUAAUGCAGGGACAGCAACUGUCCAAUCUGAAUCGUUGAAAUCCAUGAAAGAUUCAGUGGUUUCCAAGUUGCAGCUCAAAGUAGAGAUUGAGGAGGCAGGUAAUGGGAAAUCGGAUAAUGAUGCAGAAACCGAGAAUAAUGUGUCCCACACGGAUGACAACAAUGGUGGUAGUGAUGUGUACCCGGCUCCUUCGACUCCUCAGCUGAAACAAGGUGGUCGGUUGUUGGAUGAUGGAGAUUGUCAAGAUCAUACUAAUUGCUCAACAGAGAAAGAAACUGCUGAGCAAGAGGGGGAGUCUAAAUUCGUCGAAACUUCAGUUGCUAUGGCUGAAAUGAGUAUGCAGGUGGAUACUGAGAACAUAACUGAUGGAAAAAUCAAAGAAGAGGAUGACUUGUCCAGUGGUACCAGGGCCGACAAUCCAUCGAGUCCUCUUGCCCAAAAUAGCAUGGAUAACGGAAAGUCUGAUGGUGUUCAAGACGGAUCCAAAGCAUCUAGUCUUAAAACUUCAGGAAUAACUAAAGCUAGUCGAAAGAAAAUGAAGGUAGAUUGGACAUCUGAGCUGCACAAAAAGUUUGUGCAGGCUGUGGAGCAACUAGGUGUAGAUCAAUCCAUUCCAUCAAAAAUACUGGAGCUGAUGAAAGUUGAGGGCUUGACUAGGCAUAACGUAGCAAGCCAUCUUCAGAAAUAUCGAAUGCAUAAGCGGCACAUUCUACCGAAAUCAGAUGACCGGAGGUGGCCGCAACAACAGAAAGAUCAAACGAAACGGAGCUAUUAUCCCACCCAUAAACCCAUCAUGGCUUACCCUCCUCCUUAUCAUCAACACUCUAAUCAUCCUUUCCCACCAAACUCCUCUGUCUACCCCAUGUGGGGAGCAACAGCAGUAGCUGGUAUUCACCCACCUGAAGUCCAGAUGUGGGGACAUCCUGGCUAUUUACCAUGGGCAGCAUCACCUGCAGAAAGUUGGCAUUGGAAACCUUACCCAUCGGUGCAUGCAGAGGCAUGGGGUUGCCCUGUGAUGCCACAGCCACCACCACAGUUGCCUUAUAAUUGCUUGCCUCAAAAUCAACCAAGUUUUUAUGGUGCCACCAGCAUUGCUGAUAACCAUCACUGCAGUAUGCUGCAGAAUACUUUUGACCUACAGCCGGCAGAAGAAGUGAUAGACAAAGUAGUGAAAGAAGCCAUCAGCAAGCCAUGGCUGCCACUGCCCUUGGGGCUAAACCCUCCUUCCACUGAUAGUGUUCUAGCUGAACUCUGUAGACAAGGCAUCUCAGCAAUACCUCCACACAACAUCAAUAAUGGCUCCAAUUAUUCAUCUUGA